AGCUUGAACUCCCUUCCCUCGGCAAUGGCGACUCGACCUUCCCUCGCUCUCCUCCCCCCGCCUAUAUCGUAACCCUAACCCUACUAAGAACUCUUCUUCGAUCUCUUGUGGCAGUUUCUCCCGCCCGGCAUGGCUGCCGAGCGCCCGCGAGGAUCGACCCCGCGUCCGGUGAUCGGGAAGGCAGGGAGGUACACGGUGUUCAUCACCCCGCCGCCUGCCUCGAAGCCUUCCGAGGCCCCGAGAGCAGAGAGCGCCCGCCCUGCAAAGGCGUCUCCUUUGCUUGUCGAUGCUCUUCAUUCGCCGCUGCCGGUCCAGGUCCCGCCGAAGCAGUUCGAUAAGGUGGACGCGAAUUCGUCGGGAUCGGUGUUCGGGUUCUUCUGGGACGCCAUCGCGAGGGUCCAAGAUGCGCAUUCAAGCUUGGAUGAGCAUUUGGCAGACUGGUUUGGGUUGAACCAAUCGAAGUACCAGUGGGCAUUAAACGAUUACUAUGGGAACAAUGGAAAGAUUUGUGGAAGUGCAUGUAGCAGAAAAUGUAUCGCUGCUUAUGCAAAGGAACCUUAA